GGAUAUUUUUAGUGUGACACAUUCCCUACCUGACACGAGUGGAAGCUGCGAACUCAAGCGGGUGAGAGACGUGACUGUUGUGGUGGUGGUGGUGCGGCGCGAGGAGGGCGGAAGACAAGAGCCAGACAGCAGGGAGCGAGGGCAGUAAAGUCGCGGAAGGAGAAUAGUUGGAAUAGCUCAUUUCCCUUGCGUAAGGGCAGAUGGCGCUGGACAAUGGCUUCACGACCGCUCCUAGACCCCCGGGACCCGCCAGUGUUUGCCUCCUUGGCCGCUCACGGUGGGCGUCAGGUGGAGGUAGCGGCGCAUGAGUUGGUGGGCAGUGCGGAGAGGAGUGCGUGUGUCAUCUCGGGCUACAGGGGCGAAGGGAAGUCCAGCCUGGCACGGACACUCCAGCGGCACAAGGGGUUCCAGGGAGUCUUCGUCGUGUCCGGGCCUGAGUUGGACGAGGUGGGGAUCUGGGAGGCGAUCAGUCCCCAGGUCUUCGAGAUAACCCGCCGCAGCCUAAAACAAGGUGAAGAUUUAAUGGAGGAGGGCCGCACGCUCCUUAUCAUUGAUGAUUUCUUGCCCCGAUGGACUGAGGAGGCCAUAGAAGCCUUGCAGAAAUGGAGAACAAUGUCACUGGUCGUCCUUACAACUCCGGAGUACGCGGCCAAAAGUCAGGAGACCCUGUCAGCGGCGAAGAUAGAAGAUUGUGGAACCGUGAGGCUGCACCGCUUGGCUUCUCUGGAUAAGGAAAAAGCGUUGUCUGUGGCCACGAGUUACCUGACUAUACAUCAGCUUUCAUCGCUUACUGUAUGGGUUACAGAUAACUGGUGGUGGGCGAAUGCGGUGCUGCGGUACAGAGGACUAAUCGAACCUUUCUGUGCGGCUUGGAAGUCUGGCCUAAUUGAAAAUGUCUCCACGGAAACGGGACUUCUGUGGGCGAUGAUCGAUGGAAUGACUGGAGCAGGGGACAUAAAUGAACUACCGGAGGACGGGCUGGCAAGGUGGUGGACUGCACUGGGUGGACUCUGCCGUAGAAGCCUUGAGACUGGGUACCCAUUACAUGCUUCAGAAGUGGAGUACGAGGCUCGCCGAAAUUUCCCUAAUGAGUCAAAAGGUGCAUCUGGCUUCCAUUUGUCCCCUUUGUUCGGAGAGUCUACUGGUUGUUGCGGCAACAGGUGGCUGUCCCUCCCCCAGCCUCUGACUGAAUUCUUAGCCGGGUGGAACGCCUUUCAUCAGAACUUGAGUGGAACAGCCCUGAAGACUCUUGUCAAGAAUAUCGCCGAGGAGGAUGUGGUGGUGAUAUAUGUUGCUGGUCACUUGGCACGGGCUAUUAAAAACGGCGAAACACCCAAGGAGAAGCAGUUGACCAGACUCUUUCGUAAUCUUGUUCUUCACAUGGACCGUGCAAAGGAUAGGUUCGGCUAUACGCUAAGGAUACUAUCUGAAGCUAAUCUUCAUCCAGAGUUAGUGAAAUUCAUGGUGGCUGAGAUAGACUUCCCGAAGCUGUGGGAAAUCGGCGAUUCAGCGGUUUUGGUUCGGCCAGUCGAGGCGUUGCUGGAAUAUGUGCAACCCGUAAAGGCAGAGGUGACCGUCGCCAAUGGACAGUCUGCACCAGAGCUGACACAAGUGGUGCGUGUGCUGGCCCAGCGUGGUAUCUUCAUGUUCCUGGCUGACAUGAAUCACCUCACUUUUGGACACUCUGUCAGCUCGAACUGGCUGAUAGAGACGGUUCAGAAGUACGGUAGGAAAGGGGUUCUGCAGGAUUUUAUGGGUUGUCUGUCUACACCCUACCUGAACAACCUCGGCCAACACGUGACCACACAGAACCUGGUAUGCUUGCGAGUGCGUGUGACAGACUUGCAGUCAGUAAAGGCAGCGUGCCAUGCACCGGCAACAUUACCUUCGCUCAUGUGGCUUGAAAUUGAUUUUGAUCUUCCACUUGACCAGCUACUUGAGGUUGGGGUGCCAAGGAUCAACACACCCAUGAUGGAUCUCUCGUUCAGAGGUCUGACAGACGACGACAUGCCCCGCUUAGUCGCGUUUCUUGCCACAAUCCGAACACGUUAUUCUGGUAUCCACCUCGUCGAGUCUGAAGUGACUCCUCAAGGAGUGAGAACAUUCCUCAAGGGCCUGUAUACCAAGACGAUAAAAACUUCGGCUCACCCAGACGCUAUCUCUCGCUACAGGGCGUGGCGCUACCGCAUCAUCGGGGAAUCGAAUUGGAAUGAGCUGUCUGACGAGGAAGCAAGACACCUGAUUGGACACGACGAUCGGCCGCAAUACAACGACAACGAGGUGGUGUCGGAGGGCGUGAUGGGGGAAAGGGUAGAGGUGCUGACCCUUGCAACCUUCUUACAAGUGUUAGAGGAUCCCGUCUGCUUCCGCUAUGAGUGUGCAAACUUCCGAGUGGUUAAGAAUGUUGACGGCACCGUGGAGACUAAGGAAGUGGGGGAAUACUAGGAGGCUGGGAAAGUAGUAUGGGUUCACUGCAGGCUACUGUGAUCGUGGAAAAUGGUGGUGGUGGUCUGAGUCGUGUGAGGUGAAGUUUAGUGUGGGUACUUACGAAAAGCAUCACGAACAACAAGAACUUAUAAGGAGGAGAAGGAGGAGGAGGAGGAGAUAGGAAGGUGACAGUUGGUGGUUUUGAUGGAGGUAGUGGUUAUGUACUGGGGAAGUGACUGCAUAUAAAAUUGGUGAUUUGCUGAUUGAUUGGUGGUUUACUAUAGAGACUUGGUGAGCUACCGCUAUUAGGGAUCAGUUUGAUGGGAGUACCUGUGAUGCAAGAGACUCGAGGUGAAGUAGCCAAUGGUGAUAUAUGUUGGCAAUGUAAGAUGUUACCUCUGAAAGAAUAAAGGCAACAGGAUAUUGGGGUUGAAAUGAGCGAUUAACAAAAAAAAUUAAGUAGCGUAUAAAUUGGAAGCUCUGAAUAAAUAAAUAUGCACUUGAAGUAGCUAAGAGGUGUCCUUGUAGUGAGUGGCCCAAAGAAAAUAGGAAAAAAAAUAUUGUUCAUUGUUCUGUAUAUGCAUUGCUUUAACACUAUAAAGCCUAAGUUCAUCUAAGAAAAUUACCAAUGAUAUGCUUUAAUUCUAAGCUCGAUGAUAGACAAAUGGCAGUAGUAGAGCCUUUGUGCUGACAGCUGAACUGCGUCAUCACUGCACAUGUGAGCUAUUUAACAUGUGACAUUUAACACUGCUAAUGCGCGAUGUUAAAAUAACAGAGAUAACAGGACUGCAGCGGAAAUGGGCAGAACUUAUAUGUAUGCAUGCUGCACCGCAAUAUAGAGAGGCCUAAGUAGUAAUAUGGUUGUGGAUUGUAACCUUUUUUGUUAUUUUUUACGCUGAAAAUGCACAAUAUUGAAUAUUUUUGUGACUAGUUUUGUACGCACAUAAUAAAUGUUUGAAUGCA